GGAGCCCCCGCGGCAUGGCGGGGCGGGCGGGCGCGCUGUGGCUGUGCGCGGUUGCGGUGCUGGGAGCGACGGCGGACCUGCGGCUCACCCUGCUGCACACCAACGACGUGCACGGGCGAGUGGAGGCGCAGGGCGCGGGGGCGCGGAGCUGCGCGGGCACGGAGCGGGCGGAGGGCUGCUUUGGCGGCGUGGCACGGCGGGCGGCGCGGGUGGCGGCGGCGCGGGCCGCGCACCGCAACGUGCUGCUGCUGGACGCCGGCGACCAAUACCAGGGCACGGUGUGGUUCUCCCGCUUCAAGGGCCGGGAGGCUGCCCACUUCAUGAACCUGCUGCGCUACGAUGCCAUGGCUUUGGGGAACCACGAAUUCGAUGAAGGUGUGAAGGGAUUAUUGGAUCCUCUUCUUAUAAAUGCUAACUUUACAAUCCUGAGUGCAAACAUUAAGGGGAAAACUCCAUUAGCAGAUGAAAUGAUGAAAUAUGUUCACCCUUUUAAAAUAGUACAUUUUGGCUCAGAAUCAGUGGGAAUUGUUGGCUACACUACAAAAGAAACUUCUUUUCUUUCACAACCAGGGGAUGAUGUAGUCUUUGAAGAUGAAAUUGAAGCGUUGCAAGUGCAAGUGGAUAAACUUACUGCUAUGGGAGUGAACAAGAUAAUUGCACUCGGACACUCUGGUUUUACUGUGGACAAGACUAUUGCCCAGAAGGUGAAAGGAGUGGAUGUUGUAAUUGGAGGACAUACCAACACAUUUCUCUAUACAGGCACCCCACCCUCCGCUGAACAGCCAGCUGGCCCCUACCCAUUCCUGGUUGACUCGGAUGACGGGAGGAAGGUGCCAGUUGUACAAGCUUAUGCUUAUGGAAAAUAUCUUGGUUACUUAAAUGUUACAUUUGACAAGAAAGGAAAUGUAGUUGAAGCAGUUGGAAACCCCAUUCUGCUGGACAGCAGUGUUCCUGAAGAUGAGCACAUUAAAGAAGAAGUGGAAGAAUGGAGAAAAAACCUGGGGAAUUACUCUGAGGAGAUUGGAAAAACCAGUGUUUACCUGAAUGGUACAAGCCAAGCCUGCCGUUUCCAGGAGUGUAACAUGGGAAAUCUGCUCUGUGAUGCUGCGCUCUAUGAGAACGUUGGGCGUCCAGACCGGCAGUCAUGGAACCACGUCUCGAUGUGCAUCCUGAACGGAGGUGGCAUUCGGUCACCCAUCGAUGAAGAGAGCACUAACGGUAGCAUCACUGUGGAAGAUUUGCUCUCUGUUUUGCCAUUUGGAGGUCGUUUUGAUCUGGUGAGGCUGAAAGGCUCCACUCUGAAGGAAGCUUUUGAGCACAGUGUGCGCAGAUAUGGAAGAGGAAGCGGAGAGCUGCUGCAGGUUGGAGGCAUCCACGUGGUCUAUGAUCUCUCCAGAAGCCCAGGAAGCAGAGUGGUUAGUUUAGAAGUGCUCUGCACAGCCUGCCGGGUCCCAGCCUACGUCCCGCUCCAGAUGGAUGAAAUAUACAACGUGACCCUUCCCUCCUAUAUGCUGUUUGGAGGAGAUGGCUACCACAUGCUGAAAGACAAAAAUCUGGGAUACACUAAAGGUGAACCUGACAUCGAGGUGGUUUCCCGUUACCUUCAGAGAAUGAAGAGAGUUUACCCAGCAGUUGAAGGCCGAAUAAAGUUUUCUUCUGGAAGUCUUCUUGAAGCAAGUCUUGCCCUGAUUUCUAUGCUGUUCACUGUAACAAUCUUGCACACUUGA